AUGUCCAUAGAACUCAAUUGGGAGACGCUCACGAGCGGGCCCGACGGCGAUGCGCUGGCGGAGCGCAUCCGCGGCUUUAUCCACGACAAGUUCCAGAGCGUGCCGCUGCCACGCUUCAUCAAGUCGGUCACGGUGCACGGCUUCGACUUUGGCAGCAUCCCGCCGACGUUAGAGCUCAAGGACAUUGCAGACCCGCUGCCGGACUUUUACGAGCAGGAGCUGGAGGACGACGAGAGCGACGACGAGGCGGAUGAGGAGGACGAGCACGGCCACGGCCACCACCACCAUCACGGCGACUAUCAGGCGUCGCGGCAGCAGCGCCAGAUGAGCCGGAAUCGGCCGGCGGACCUCAAGACGGCGAUUCGGAAUGAGUUUUCGCAUCACCACUAUGACUUGGGGAGCCCGUUUAUGGGCAUGUCGACGCCGGGCCUGCUCGGCGGCCCGGGACUGAGCUACCACCUCCACGGCCACCUCGGGACGGGGACGCAGACGCCGCUGGCCGCCGUCGCGGGUGCACACAUGAGCAACAGCUGGCUCGGUCACGGGUUCGACAGCGUGUCGGCGGCCGAGGCAGCGGCAGCAGCUGCUGCGGCAGAGGCGCGCAUGGCGUCGAAUCACAGCCGCAACCCUUCGCAGAGCAGCAUCUCGGUGGACAACUUUCCUUCAAGCUUUAGGGCACAUGCGGUGCAGCCGUUACAGUCGACAGCGUCUGCGACGGCUUCCCCGUCGCAGCGCGGUCUCCGCGAAAAAUCGAGCGUCUCGACGCUGGCGCCGACCUCCAUCGGCAACUCGCGGCCGCCGACGCGGGAUCCGCAUGCGGACUCGGCCAUCGUCGACUCGGACUACGACGACAAUGGCGACGAAGACGGCAACGAUGCCGACAGGACGGCGCCGUUGCCGGACAGCACCACGACCCCGCCGCCGCGGCGACGAGAGCCCCGCGCGGAGGACGUGCAGGCCGUCUUUCGCAUCCAGUACGCGGGUGACAUUCGCCUCAACCUGACGGCCGAGAUCCUGCUCGACUACCCCAUGCCGAGCUUCGUGGGCAUCCCGCUCAAGCUCAACAUUACCGGCCUGUCGUUUGACGGCGUGGGCGUGCUGGCACACAUCCGGAAGCGCGUGCACUUUUGCUUCCUGAGCCCCGACGAUGCGCUCGCGGCCGUCGGGCCGGACGACGGCAAUGCAGCGGCGGCGGCGGAUGGUAGCGGUGGCCGGCCAGGCUCCAAGGGCAGCCAAGCGGCAGCCGCCGGAGAGGCUGAGAGUGGCCGGGGGACGAAUGCACGCUUCGGCGGCCUGCUGCAGGAGAUCAAGGUCGAGAGCGAGAUUGGAGGGCGCGAGGGCGGCAAGCAGAGCUUAAAAAACGUGGGCAAGGUGGAAAAGUUCGUCCUGGAGCAGGUGCGCAGGAUAUUCGAAGAAGAGUUUGUAUAUCCGAGCUUCUGGACAUUUCUGGUCUAG